AUGCCGCGCCAUGCGGAGCCGUUGUAUGUUCCACUGGAAGGAGGCUUUACCCAGUGGCCGCUGGGCCUCCGCCGGGACUUGGGCAUCAGAAGUGCGACUUCGGUGGAGUUCCUAUGUGCUGUGAGGAGCAGCUUCAAGACCCUGGAAGAGAAAGUGGCACAGGUGCUACACCUGGAUGAUGAAGCGAAGGAGGCUGAGAAGGAGUGGACACCGGAGGACGAGGACUUGGUCGUCCCGGAGGGUCCCUUGCGCGUUCCACGUCCAGCGAAGCCACCCCCUGUGGACCGAGAGGGGCACCCAGAGCACCUCCGAGUACCUCCAGUACCUCAAGAGGAGGAAGUCACAGUGGAUGACAGGAAACCUUCAGCCCCCAGAGAACCUGACAGAUACAAUCUGGUGGAUGGCCCCGUGAGUCCCGGGGAGAUCCAGGCGGCCUGGAAGAAAGAGGGUGAAGAAGAAGCAGCUAACGACGUAAAUCUCUUGGCCAAAGAACGCCUCGAGAGUUCGGAGCAGGCCUCCGCGGGUCACACGGACGAUCCCCGGGAUGACAACGAGAGGCAGCUGCUGCGGGACGCCGAAGCGGCGCAGGCCAAGGGAUCGCAGAAUUUCAGCUACACGACACCGCCACGGCCCCCGCCGUCGCCGUGGCCGCGGGCGCCCGAGCCGCCGAUCUCAGCCGCGCCGGCACCUGCACCGGAGGUGAAGAAGGUCACGCAGUCGGAGGCGCAGCAAGGAGUCUUCGUUCCGGGAGAGAUCGAACCGUGGCAAACCAGGAUGUACAAUCCCAUGUUCCACCACUAA